GUGUAGCCGCAUUUUACGAGAUCUAUAGCAUAUACUAAGAAAGGCCAGCUUUGUCCCAAAUGCACUUGUAAGACCACCCAAGAAAAUGCUUGUCGAGGAUUUCGAGGCGUUCUAUCAACAAGCAGUUGAGUUGUAUAAAGCUAGACCUUUAGAAACAAGGUAUUCAAUUAAAUUUCGGCACAGCGAGGGCAAGCUGGUCCUCAAGGUCACGGACGAUCGAACGUGUCUGAAGUACAAGACGGAUCAGCAGGUGGACCUAAGAAAGCUAGAACGGAUAACUUCCAUCUUCUUCCCUCUGAUGGCGUGCGGGGAGCUGCCAGCGGAAGGCGCUGUCGGGCAGGAGCCAGGGCAGCAACCCCAGCAGCAGCCGCUUGGCGGGGCGCAGGCGGCAGGGGCCUCUAAGAAGGCCAGGCGCCGAGGGUAGAGGCGCCAGGAGCAGCAGCGCUCGGCAAGCCCUCCUCGUUGCCCGCUGUAUGGUCGUAGCGGGGGUCAUCGGAGCGCGGAGCAGCGUACGGCACACCGUACGGGAGGCGGCUCGCGGUCUGGGGGGCCCUUCUGGUGCCGGCCUGGCAUAGGAGAGGGACGGCCAUGGCCGGCGCGCAUGUGAUGUAGUCCUGCGAUAGCUGGGGAGCCCCACAUGGCCUUCAGCGAGAGGAUACUAACUUAACUACGUCUCGUCCGCAGUAGGCGCAUGCAGCUGCUAUGAGAGCUGUGUAAAGAGGCUCAACGACAUGGGCUCGGAUGCGGAACUGCACGGAGGCCCCUGGAUGCGUGGGGGCGCCGGGCCGCCUCAGGCUGGGUUGACGGCACGGAGGAAAUUUAUAAAUAAGUGCAACAACACAGUCCCAAUCCCGAAUCCCGGCACGGAGGAGGGGUGCGGGCAGCGGGGCGCAGCCUUAGGAGCCGGGCGGCACCCCGCGCAGGGAGAGGGGCUGUGGGGAGCAGGAGCACGGUAUGACGAGAUGCGGGUGGAGCGCCCCAUGAGCUGUCUGGGUUGCGGGUGCGAGGUGGAUGUGCCUGCCACGGCGGUGUUGUGAGAGGGUGCGGCAACUUGGCGCUAGCAGGGUGUUGCAGGGAGGGACGGAUGGCGACUUCACGUCCCCAGGAAGCGUAGGUGGCGUGUGCGGCGUGCUCUCGCUGGUUGUGACCGAUCCGCGGGAUUCGGAAGAGUGUGACAUAAGAAGUGCGGACUUUUCGGUGCCUGGUCUGGAGACGGGCUGUGGCUUGAUGUGCAGCUCCUGGUAUGUGCGUUGUGUAGGUCGCUGGAGGUACUAGUUGCGCCCUCAAGUAGCGCCUACAGCAGUGACAUUUUGCCUGCAGCCUUGCACCUUGGGCGGUAUAAGCGGAGUAAGGGAACAGAAGGCUGAGGUAGGGAGGCGGAACGCGGGAG